AUGAGCUUUGCGCUGCUUCACAGUGUAACGCAGGGCAUCAAUGUUUACGUGACCAACAAUUGCGAAGAGAGUAUGAUAUUGGCGCAUGUUACGCCCGGCGGCGUGUCGACGGACGAACUUUCCGCGGGGGGGUCCAUUACAAAGGUGAUGCCCAUCGGCACUGGCUCCCACGUGUUCAAGUCGGGCAUCGGUGCCCAAGCUACUUUGGCGGAAUUCUCGACUCAAGGAGGCAAAUGUUGGGUCGAUAUCAGCAUUAUCCCCACCAGCGAGAAGAGUGGCCCUGACUUGUGUACGAGCCUUGAUCAUUGCAAGGAGUAUACCGGUGGCGUGGGCUUCAACGUCCCGAUCCAGAUCACGCCUCACACACCAGACGGCGAUCGCUGUAUUGAACUCACGUGCAUGGUCGAUGGAUGCCCUCAAGCAUAUCAGUUUCCUAAGGACGAUGGGAAAACUCACUGCUGUCCUUUAAGCACGGACUUUGACUUGACGUUCUGUCCUGGUGGCUCUGGAAAAAAAAACGUGCCACCUCCGGUGUCGCCUCCAAUGGCUCCAGCGCCGGCACUGACGGAAGCUCCGCCGCCAGCUCCAACGGAUCCUCCGACGCCACUACCGACACCGAUUCAGGUGCUUUUGCCCCCUACGACCCCUUCGGCGGAACAGACGACGCCAAUUGUUGAUGCUGGUGAAUCACCCGAGCAAGAGGAGCCGGAGAAGCAAGAGGAGCCGGAGAAGCAAGAGGAGCCGGAGAAGCAAGAGGAGCAGGUGGAGCCGGAGAAGCAGGAAGAGAAGCAGGAAGAAAAGGAGGAGACGAAGGAGGAGGAUCAGAAGAGUACUGAGCAGGUGGCCAAGACCUCUGAUUCGAGUGCUCCAGCUGGUGGCAACAAGUUGCGCAAAAGCGGCUAUGAAAAUGUACCGCAGCAGAAGUCUGGGAUCGCAGGAAGCUCUUCCUUGCAGAAGUUGACGACAGAAGGGACGCCGCAGCAGCCAGCGGUGACCACCGAGAAGCAGCAGACUGGGGGGGAGCCUUCUGCACCUGUCGCUGCAACUGGAGUGGUAGAGAAGGUGCAGCAGGUGAAUAACAAGUCGGUGGAGAGCAGUACGAACAGCACGCCGUACGUCGUGUUGUCUGUUGGGGGUUUUGUGGGCUUGGUGGCUGCUGCUGCUAUUGUGGUUGUGCGGAAGAAGAAGGCCGAGCUGGACGAACUUGAGGCGAAGACCCCGCUUUCGGCUGGUGCCCAUGGCGUUAUGGCCGGUUUCAGCACCCCUCGGGACAAUAUCAGCGUGCUGUGA